AAGACUCAGUGAGGGUGGGUUCUGCCCAGGUCAGUGGGAAGGGAAGCUCAGACCAGACGCCUUCAAGGAUGAUGUCCCUCUGAGCAACCAUCUUGGAAACAAAAUGGCAAAAAGAGUAGCCUGCACGACCUGUCUGAGUUCUCAAACCCAUAGCCCAUUGUGACAUCAUUGGCCAGGGACUGGAUAUAAGAAAGGAGGCUCUGCCAGCAUCAUUUCCCUCAGCCCUGGCCUCCAUCACCUCCUAGGCCAACAGCAAGCCAAGGGCCAUGCUCCUGUUAUCAAUUCUGCUGCUCACAUCCCAAGCCAAAGGCGUACGUGUUGGUAUGUGGACUCCUCUCCCAGUGGCCAGAGCAGCUCUCCCAGAAUGUGGUAAAAGACCAAUUUUUGAGGGAGGAGCUCAGUAUUCCAGAAUCAUAGGGGGGAUGGAGGCUGAGGUGGGUGAAUUCCCAUGGCAGGUGAGUAUUCAGGCAAGAAAUGAACAUUUCUGUGGCGGCUCAAUCAUCAACAAGUGGUGGAUUGUCACUGCUGCUCACUGCUUUAGUUCUGAAGAGCUACUUCCAACAGACUUGAGUGUUGUCCUGGGAAGCAAUGAUUUAAGCAGCUCAUCCCUGGAAAUAAAGGGGAUUACCAGCAUAGUUCUUCACAAGGACUUUCAAAGACCCACCAUGAACAACGAUAUCGCCUUGCUGCUGUUGGACUCACCCAUCACGUUCAGCGGGCUGAAAGAGCCCAUCUGCAUGCCCAGAAAGCCCAGCCCCUCUGUGUGGCACAAAUGCUGGGUGGCAGGAUGGGGUCAGACCAACAGUGAAGACAAAACCUCUAUGAAAACUGAUCUGAUGAAAGUGCCAAUGACCAUCAUGGAUUGGGAGAAAUGUUCAAAGGCAUUUCCAAAACUUACCAAGAAUAUGCUGUGUGCUGGAUAUGAGAAUGAGAGUUUUGAUGCUUGCCAGGGUGACAGUGGGGGGCCUCUGGUCUGCAACACAGAAUCUGACAAGAUCUGGUACCAGGUGGGCAUCAUCAGCUGGGGCAAGAGCUGUGGACAGAAGAACAUGCCAGGAAUUUACACCUUGUUAGAAAAUUACAACCUCUGGAUUAAGAAGGUGACUGAGAUAGAGGGAAGGCCCUUUAAUGCUGAGCAAAUGAGAGCUCCUCCCAAUAAGAAACAAAUGAGGUCCCAUGCAGCAGAUUUUCCAGAGCCAGGAAGCCCCAGAUUCUGGAUCCUGAUUUUGCUUCUGUCCUACAUGCUAUUCUGGGCCAUUUUUUACUGAUAAUAAAG